GACCCAGAGGGAGGAGUGGAGGUGAGGACAGAUCACUUUGGGAUACAAGUUGCAGCUGCAGCCAACAGCAAAGCCAUUAGGAAGCUUGCCGGACAGUGUGCAGAGUUCCUCUACGGACAACCAAACUCUGUCUGCCGCACACUGAGACUCACAGUUUUAUACUUAAGGUGGAAAGAAGACCGAACAGAUGAGGACCCAUGGGAGAUUUGACAGGUGCACCUGCUAAAUGAAGAUUAUUUAUGCUGUACAGAUAUCUAACUGAAGGUCAACGGUGCUGAACUGAACCACGGCUGCAAAAUGACAGCUGCCACAAAGCUUCUGGAUGAGAUGUGUCAUCUGUCUGUUCAGUCUUUGACACCAAUGGACACAUCGGAGCACUUUAAGGUCCUAAAGCUCCUGGGUGAAGGCUCGUAUGGCAAAGUCAUGCUAGCUGUACACAAGCAGAAUGGUACACCGAUGGCUCUGAAGUUCUUCCCUCGAGAGUCCACAUCUCUUUUCUCUUUCCUGAGGGAGUACAACCUCUCUCUGUCGUUCUGCACCCACCCGUCCCUGACCAGAGCGCUGGGAAUUGCCUACUCCACACCAUCACACUACGUCUUCGCUCAGCAAGCAAGCCUCUUUGGUGAUCUGUACGAUGUCAUCCUGCCUGAGGUCGGUAUGGAGGAGGACUGUUGUCAGCGGGUGGUGUCCCAGCUGUGUGGGGCUCUAUCCCACCUGCACUUUCUUGGCUUUGUACACCGGGAUGUCAAACCAGAGAACGUCUUUCUGUGCGACUCCGCCUGCCGCUGGGUCAAACUUGGAGACUUUGGCAUGGUGAAGGCCACAGGCACCAGGGUGCCGGAGGUCUGGUACAGCUCCCCUUACUGCACCCCUGAGGCAGAAAUUGCUCGUGGAAAUGAGGAUAGUUGGGGGAGCAUUAGUGACGGGCGUGAUGCCGUUAAAAAAGACGAAGAGAAGAAAAAGAAUGAAAGGGUCUGGGUUUCUGUCGAGCCCAGCAUGGACAGCUGGGCCCUGGGCAUCUUGACCUACGCCAUGCUCACCGGCAGUCAUCCCUGGGCUGAAACAGCCAGCAAUUGCGGCUCAUACCUGAAGUUUAGGGAAUGGUUUGACAGAUCAGAGGGACCCAAUGAUUUACUGGAUGUGUGGGCAGAGCCACAAAGGGAGAAUGCACAGGAGGUCAUUGAUUUAUACGAGGCAGAACUUGAAAAGGAAGAUCGACCUCCAGUUGCGGCCCAGUUUGCAUGUUUCACCCCGCUGGCCUGCUCCUUCUUCCAGUCGCUUCUAGACCCCAGGCCAGGGUUUCGCGGUCAACCUGAGAUUGCGCUGAAUUAUCUUGGAGGGGACUGGGUGAUGGAGAAGGAAAGGGUGAGGCUGGAGGAGGAGAGGAAGAAGAUCAGAGGGAAAGGACCAAUCAGGAACAUGAAAGAAAUGGUGGGGAAAGAAGAGAGAUAAGGAGUCAUAAUAAUGAGAACGCUGGUAAAUGAUGAAGCAAACGUAGCAUAGCAAACAUAUUUUAUAUUGGCUAUUGUGCAAUAAGUUAAAAACACUGUUUCUCAAGUAACAGAUUUUUGCUGCUUUCCAUUGUUUUUGUGACUGUAAAUUAAUUUCAUUUCUACUUUUUAUAACACAAGAAAACAAUAAUCAUUCUCAACUCUCUGAAGGUUUAAGAGCUACUGGUGAUGGCAGUUUUUUUUGGCAGUUAAUAUUUAAUAUAUACAUAAAUGAAUUAGAAUUUUUUCUUUAGCUUUAAUACCUUUAUCAUAAAUGUCAGAAUAAAGGACUUAAAAAAAGUGGAACAGCUGCAUACAUGGGAAUCAUUACUGUUUACUUGUUCUGUUAUGCUGUAAUGCCAUUAUAUCCUUGUGAAAGAUACCAUCUUAAGCGCACAGCAUCUAUAUAUAAAUUUAAAGUUGUUGGUGUGUUCAUCAUAGUCUAUGAAAUGUAUAUAGACUGCACUAGUGCCAAGUUUUUAGAGCCGUAAACACGUCAGCAGCAGGCUGAGAGGUGCCACAAAUACUUUGAUCCGGCUCCAAGCUUUAAAAACUGUUUUAAAGAGCACAAAUAUUAGUAAAUAUUAACUUAUAUAAAGGCACUUUAUGAAAGUAGAUAUGUUUGCACUGCACACAUAUAUUUAAGUAGCCCGUGUACUGUUCAGACGAACUGUAAACGUGGUGGGCGCUUAGCAGCUUUUAGCUAACUCAAGUUUUUUAGCUUGUUAGCACUUGACAUGUUUGCUGUAGCACUUUGUACAUAACAAAAAAUCAUGUAAUCUUGUACUUUGUAUGGUACAAUUAAUAACAAUUAAAUGAGUGUGUGAUUCAUUCAAUGUAUACAUAUGUAUGUGCACUAAAAUACAUUUUGCAGUCUAUAAAAUAAAAUGUUAUGGCAAUAAAA